AUGGAGCCAAAAGUUAGACACCGGAUUCAAUUCGGUAGACGACCAAGAAAAUACAGACCUCCAUUCAAAAGUGAUGACGAUCAAGUAAAAACCGUCAAAAAAAGAUUGAAGGUAGUUAUGAAGCCCUCUGGUAUAUUAAAUUACUCACAUUUACAGGGCCCUAAAUACGAUGCGAAGACGUUUUACACACCACCGGAGGAUGAAUUUGAGCCUGAGAAUGAAACUGGGUAUCAUGUCUUCAAAUUUGAUGACUUGACCAAAGAUGAGGUUGAGGUGCCAUUACUGAUAGGGAAGUCAUACAUUACAAUUGGCAGAGAUUCAGAUCUUGCCGAUUUAGCUUUAAAUGGAAAAACCGAUGAUGAGUCUGUGGUAUCAAAGAGACAUGCAGUUCUUCAGUUUAGGAGAUCUAAGGAUUUGGGUGAGAUUAAACUAUACAUUUUGGAUCUUGAUUCUACUAACGGAACUUUUCUGAAUGAAAGCAAAACGGAACUGCCAAAACAACGUUACAUUGAGCUCAAAGACAAGGACCGUCUUAAGUUUGGCGAUUACAACAGCCACAUCGAGUUCGUGGUUUUGAAAAAAUAA